AACAUUUUGGCUACCAUUUGGCAUAACCAUUUGUUCAAUUCUUAUGUUCCUCUUGGUUAUAGGUUUUGGUCAUUUUCCUAUUUUUCUUCUUUCUCAUUAAUUUUAUUUUCUAGUUAUAUUGUUUUUUUUGUCGUCACCAAUCGGACCUGCUACAAAGAUCUAACGGACCACAUACGACUCCAUAAAAUAAUCCAAAAUUUUACGAUAGACAGUACACAAAUGCUCUCGAUAAAUAAUUUUAUCAUUAACAAACGAAUUUACACAAAUAAUUCUAUAUGCACAUUGGAAUUCUCUAAUAAAGUUACCUCCACUAAUCAGUAAUAAAUCUUAUUCACUCAACCAAAAAUCGAAUCUCAUAUCUAAUAAUAUAAACAUUAAUUAACCAUGGGUCAGCUACUAUAUAAGGGAUUCCACUAUUAGCAUAAUAUAUUAAUAAUAGAUUUUAAUUUAUAUUGAGAUAUAGUAAUACUAGAUUUUGCUACAUUACACAAUUACAGGGGAUUGAUUGACUAUAUUAAAUCCCGGACAUAAUCUCACUUCUAUAUAUAUAUUCAUGUCCCCCAAAUUUUAUAAAGAAAAAAAAACAGAGCGACUUCAUUCGAAAUGGCGAAAAUAACAACAUUCUUCUUCCUCUUCUCAAGUCUCCUCGUCUUGUUUCUGAGUUCAGUCUCCGCCGACAAGGAUGAUCAUGAAGAUCAACAGGUAUAUAUCGUGUACUUGGGAGCACUUCCUUCUCGAGAAGAUUACACAGCAAUGUCCGAUCACAUUAGUAUUCUUCAAGAAGUCACCGGAGAGAGUUUGAUCGAAAAUCGCUUGGUGAGAAGCUACAAAAGAAGUUUCAAUGGGUUUGCAGCACGACUCACCGAAUCCGAACGAAAAAGAAUAGCAGGAAUGGAGAGAGUUGUGUCUGUGUUCCCGAGUAGAAAUAUGAAACUCCAAACGACGUCGUCUUGGAACUUUAUGGGUCUCAAAGAAGGCAUCAAGACGAAGCGAAACCCUAGCAUUGAGAGCGAUACCAUUAUUGGGGUCAUCGACACUGGAAUCUAUCCCGAAUCCGACAGCUUUUCCGACCAAGGCUUUGGUCCUCCUCCUAAGAAAUGGAAGGGAACUUGUGCUGGCGGGAAAAACUUCACCUGCAACAACAAGCUCAUUGGGGCAAGAGACUACAAAGCCAAAUCUAAAGCAAAUGAAUCAGCGAGAGACUACAGUGGACACGGCACACACACGGCGUCAACGGCUGCCGGAAACGCAGUCGCAAACUCAAACUUCUAUGGACUUGGAAAUGGAACCGCGAGAGGUGGCGUUCCAGCCGCUCGAAUCGCCGUUUACAAAGUCUGCGACAAUGAAGGAUGCGACGGAGACGCAAUAAUUUCUGCGUUUGACGACGCAAUCGCUGACGGUGUGGAUAUCAUAACUAUCUCUAUCAUUCUUGAUGACAUUCCACCGUUCGAGGAAGAUCCGAUUGCGAUUGGAGGGUUUCACGCUAUGGCUGUAGGAGUUCUAACUGUUAACGCAGCCGGUAACAAGGGACCAAAAAUCAGCACUGUUUCUAGUACCCCACCGUGGGUGUUUAGCGUUGCGGCUAGCAUUACGAAUCGUGCGUUUAUGGCUAAAGUUGUUCUUGGAGAUCACGGCAAGAUCCUUAUCGGAAGAUCAGUGAAUACGUACGAUCUGAAUGUAACCAAGUAUCCUCUGGUUUAUGGAAAAUCUGCUGCUUUGAGUACAUGUAGCGUGGAUAAGGCUAGGUUAUGCGAGCCAAAGUGUCUUGAUGGAAAACUUGUGAAAGGGAAGAUUGUGCUGUGUGAUUCUUCGAAAGGUCCAAUAGAAGCUCAAAAAUUGGGAGCUGUUGGAUCGAUAGUUAAGAACCCUGAACCAGACCACGCUUUUAUCCGCUCUUUCCCGGUCUCUUUCUUAUCCAAUGAUGACUACAAGUCUCUCGUCUCUUACAUGAAUUCCACAAAAGAUCCAAAAGCGACUGUUCUGAAAAGUGAGGAAAUCUCUAAUCAGACAGCUCCUCUUGUUGCUUCUUUCUCAUCUCGCGGUCCAAGCUCCAUCGUUUCAGAUAUUCUGAAGCCGGAUAUAACAGCACCAGGAGUGGAGAUCCUCGCUGCCUAUUCACCUGACAGUACACCGACUGAAAGCGAGUUUGACACUAGACAUGUAAAGUUCUCUGUUAUGUCUGGAACUUCAAUGGCUUGUCCACACGUUGCAGGCGUGGCCGCCUAUGUCAAGACUUUUCAUCCUAAAUGGUCUCCUUCUAUGAUCCAAUCUGCCAUUAUGACAACUGCUUGGCCAAUGAAUGCUUCUGGUCCUGGCUUUGUAUCAACUGAGUUUGCAUAUGGAUCUGGCCAUGUGGAUCCGAUUGCUGCUAUUAAUCCUGGACUCGUUUAUGAAUUGACCAAAGCAGAUCACAUCACCUUUCUCUGUGGUUUAAACUACAAGAGUGAUCACUUAAGAAUCAUAUCUGGAGACAACAGCACUUGCACGAAGAAACUUUCCAAGACAUUACCAAGAAACCUCAACUACCCAACAAUGUCGGCUAAAGUGUCCGGAACAGAACAGUUCAACAUAACUUUCCAGAGAACUGUCACUAACGUUGGUAUGAAAAACUCUACAUACAAAGCAAAGGUAGUCACAAGUCCUGAUUCUAAACUCCGCAUCAAAGUUUUGCCGCGUGUUUUGUCUAUGAAGUCGAUAAACGAGAAGCAGUCUUUCGUGGUGACUGUUUCAGGCGAUAGUAUCGGAACAAAACAACCUCUGUCUGCAAAUCUUAUUUGGUUUGAUGGCACUCAUAAUGUAAGAAGCCCCAUAGUUGUUUAUGCUAUGAGCUAAAUGAGGCAGAUUUAUAGUUGUCAGCAUAUAUCUUAAAUGUAAUAAACAUGGAGAAAAGUCUAAAUAGUGUAAGCUACUCUUAAGUUAGAACAUUUAGUUUUUGUUUUCAUAAGCUGAAUUCUAUUGACCAAAUAAAAAAACGUUCCUGAACAAGAGCGGAGACAAGUUGUCAAACCAUAAACUUGCAACCAAGGAGAUGGAUGAAACUGUAACCAUUGUUUCUGUUUCUGAAUCUUA